GUCAGCCUCAAGUGAAGUCUGUGAUAAUUUUGACCGUUAUCACCUUCAUGAUUGUCCAGUGUUGGCUCUGCUCGGCUUGAAUUUGAUGUUCUUCAUAAGUGACCGCUGGAUAAAUCCUUAAAAAAAAAUUUUUUUUUAAAAACCCAGACGCUUUAGCCCCGCCCGUUGUACUGGCCCUUCAACUUGUGAGAGAAAUCCCUGCUGUUCCCCAGAGUUUUAGAUCCAAACUCUCCAACUUCGGAAAUGGCCCAAUGACGAUGCACUCAUAGCAGAAGAAGAAGGAAGAGGGUGUAGCAGAUAUGUCUCCCAAGGUGCCAAGUGGUCAGGGCAGAGGGGAUGAGUCUGCAGUACAGGUCGCUAUCCGGGUGCGUCCUCUACUGCCCAAAGAAAUUCUGCACAACCACGAGAGCUGCAUCACUGUGGACCCUGAACAACGCCGGGUUACUCUGGGCCACGACCGACACUUCCUUUGUGACUUUCUGUUUGAAGAAACUUGGUGCCAGGAGGAGGUGUAUUCUGUAUCUGUCCAACCACUCAUAGAGGCCUUCUUCCAGGGUUUCAAUGCUACAGUGUUUGCUUAUGGACAGACAGGCUCAGGCAAGACUUACACGAUUGGCGAGGCCAAUAUUUCUUCCUUUAGGGAUGAAGAACAGGGCAUUAUUCCCAGAGCUGUGGCAGAAAUCUUCAAGCUGCUAGAUGAAAAUGACCUCACAGACUUCUCAGUCCGAGUCUCCUACCUGGAGGUUUACAAAGAAGAAUUUAAGGACUUGCUGGAGGUAGAGACAGCCAGUAAGGACAUCCACAUCAGAGAGGAUAAGGGCAACAUCGUGUUGUAUGGAAUUAAGGAGUGUGAAGUGGAGAGCCUUGACGAGGUGCUAAGUUUGCUGGAGUCAGGAAACACUGCCAGGCACACAGGGGCAACUCAAAUGAAUCCCCACUCCAGUCGUUCACACACCAUUUUCACAGUGCACAUGGACCAACGUCGGGGAGGCUCGCGCCUCUACGGGAGCUCAACGGGUGCCAGGCCUCAAAUCCUGUCCUCUAAAUUCCACUUUGUGGACUUGGCUGGCUCAGAACGCAUUCUGCGGACAGGAAACACCGGGGAAAGGUUGAAGGAAAGCAUCCAGAUCAACAGCGGCCUGCUAGCUCUGGGAAAUGUCAUAGGAGCACUGGGUGACCCGAAGAGAAAAGGCACUCACAUACCAUACAGAGAUUCUAAAAUCACCAGAAUCCUGAAAGACUCUUUGGGAGGAAAUUCAAAAACACUUAUGAUCGCUUGCAUCAGUCCCUCUUCCAUGGACUUUGACGAGAGUUUGAACACACUGAACUACGCCAUGCGGGCACGUAACAUUCAGAACCGGGCUACUGUGAACUGCAAGGGUGAGCCAGAUCGGGUGGAGGGACUGGAGCAACAAAUCAAGGCCCUGCGCAGAGCACUGGAGAACCGCCAGCGCUCUGAGACCCGCAUCAUCUCUCAUGCUGAUCCACACAGGAGACCUCGACAUGGAGAGGCAGAGAUCAGCAGGCUGCAUGCCCAGAGUGCCCACUACAGGACAUGCACCGACACUGCCUACAGGUUGCUGCGGGAGUUGCAGAGUGAAGGAGCUCUUACUGCAGAACAGAGUCUCAGAGUGAAGGAGUGGCUCUCUUCAGUGGAGGAGGAGCGGAGUGGACUCACCACCGCCUCAGGACCAGAUAGUGGCAUUGAGAACAGCUCCACAGAGGACAGUUUGGCAUUGAGGAGGGGAAGGAGUGGUUUGAAGAGCCAGGAAUCAGAUGCUGUGGGAGAGAGUUGGAGCCAUGAGAAUGAAAAUGAGAAAGAUGGAGAGAGAGAUGAGAGUAUUGCUCAACUUCAAGCCCAAAUCCAGCAGUUGGAGAAAGAGAAUACAGACUUCCUUGCAGCUCUGGAGGAUGCAAUGGAGCAGUACAAGCAACAAAGUGAUAAGCUGCAGGAGCAACAGGACCUGAUAGUGGAGCUACAAUAUCUGAUGUCUACACCAGGGCUGCCCAGGCUCGGCAUCAACUUGAGACCACGGCCACACACUGCCCCUCUAGGCUCUACACGGCGCACCCAGAAUGGAGGCACCAACAGACAGGCCAGUCCGGUGGACUGUCUUGAUAAUGGAGCAUGCGGUGAGCAGGAACAGUACGGUUGGAAUCCAGGUAACCCUUUUGAAGAACAUGAGGUCUCAGGAGGUGGACCAGAAAUUAAGGUCACAGAGGAAGAGGACAGUCGUACCAGCCUGAUCCGGGAAAAGUGCAGACAGGCUAACCUUACCUGGACCAAGAGAGACAUGCUAUUAGGGGGACUAGUUUCUGGUAGCAAAGGCCAGAUACCUCAGCUGCCUUUCCCAGACCAGCUCUCCACUUCGCUCAGAAAAGCAUCCAAUUGCACUGUCGAGAGGACCCCUGUCCGUGACAGUCUAAAGGGUUUUGAGGCAGUCUCCGAGUGGGGGCUUCUACAGGCCCAGCAGAAGAUUAGGGAACUUUCAGUCACCAUCCGAAUGAAGGAGGAACUCAUCAGAGAGCUGGUCAAGACUGGUAAGGAUGCCCAAGCUCUGAAUAGGCAGUACAGUCAUAAAAUCACUACCUUGGAGAGUGAAGGCCUGCAGGCACGGCAAGAGUUGCAGGAGGCCCAGAGGCAACUGCAAGAACUGGAGAGGCAAGAGAGGGAGACCAGUGCCACUGACAGGACCAGAGCCCAGGAGUGUCGCAGGAAGAUAGCUGCCGCUCAGAGUAAAGUCCAGGUCUUAAGCCAGCGUCAGAGAGAUACUGCUCGUCUGGCUUCUCUGCCGGCACUGAAUGAACGUCGUGUGUCAGAGCUGGAGCGCAGUGUCCAGAGCAUGAGGCAGCAGCAGGAGCAGUUGCAAAAACGGCUGCGCCAGGAGAGCCAGCAGAAACGUCGUCUGGAGACUGAGAUGCAGCGGAGAACACACAGAGUUAAGGAAUUGGAGAUAAAGAAUGAGCAGCAGCAGAAGAUUCUGAGGAUAAAGACAGAGGAGAUUGCAGCCUUUCAAAGACAGAGACGCAGCGGCAGUAAUGGCUCCGUUGUCUCACUGGAAGAACAACAGAAGAUUGAGGAGCAGAAGCGCUGGCUGGAUGAGGAAAUGGAGCGGGUACUUGAACAGAGGAGAGGAUUGGAGGACCUGGAAGGGGAGCUUACCAAACGGGAGGAGAUCGUAGCUAAGAAAGAGGCCCUCCUCCAGGAACGUAGUGGCCUGGAAACAAAAAGAAUGCGCUCCAGCCAGGCCCUUAGUAAAGACCUGAUGACCCUUUCAGGGCGCAUUGAGUCUCUUGAGCGGGAGCUGAGUGAGAGGAAUGGCCUCCUCCGCAGCAGCAGUGCCCAGGAUUCCCAACAGAUUCGACAAGAGAUCUCCAACCUGCGGCAAGAGAAGGACACGCUCCUUAAACAAAGAGUAGAGCUGGAUGAUAAACUACGGCAGGGCAGCCUCCUUUCUCCUGAGGAGGAGCGGACUCUGUUCCAGUUGGAUGAGGCGAUUGAGGCUCUAGAUGCAGCUAUUGAGUACAAGAAUGAGGCCAUCACUCAGAGACAGAGACAGCUGAGGGCCUCUGCCAGCAUGCUCUCCCAGUGGGAGAUGAACCUUAUGGCCAAACUCAGUUACUUAUCUGCCUCAGAGACAAGAGCCCUACUCUGCAAGUACUUUGACAAGGUGGUGUCUCUUCGUGAGGAAGAGCGUAAACUGCAGUUGGCUUUAGCUGAGCUUGAAAUGCGACUAGAUGAACAGCUGCAGCUGGUGCACUGGUUGGAGAAUGCUCUGGAUCGCACACAGCUGGACACAGAUCGCCGGCUUACACAGCAGCAGAAGGAGCAUGAAAGGAGUGUACAGCUUCUCCUGCAGCAGUGUCGUGAGCAAAUAGAUGAGGGCCUGGCAGGAAGGCAAAGACAGUAUGAGGGAUGGAUCCAUAACCUCAGCAAGGAGCUGAACCACUACAAGGCUGCAAAUCUAGAAUUGAGCAACAGGCUCAGGGAGGUUUGCAGUUCAAUCAACCAGCCAAAGGAAUAUGCCAAAGUGUUGACAUUUGAGGGCAAGCCACCAAGUGUUGGCAGCAUGGAGAAGCUGUGCCAAGGCCAGGAAGACAGCCAAGGAGGCAGAGGAGCAGGGCAGCAUGAGAAACCUCCCAAAUCCAGGGAGGAAAUGAGGGAGCUGGUAAAUGCUCCUCUUCCAUCCACAUGGAGACGGUCCUCUCUCCCCACGGAGGAACCGGCUGUCAUGGAGGAGCUAUGUCUCCAGGCGACUGGGGAGGCUCCUGUCAAUCAUGUUGUUCAAACGGGACCGGGUCCCCGGGGCACAACGACAUCCCUGCCCCUUGUUAAAUCUCGUAGGGAGUUGCGCCGAUCCAGCCUGAACACAGGACCACUAAUCUCAAACAAUGCAUUGAUCGAUGUACGGAAAAACCCUGUUUAAAGAAAAAAAAAUGUACAUUCUUGAUCACAGUUUGUCUGUGAUUUCACAAUUAUUGUAUUUGUGUUCUGAUGGGGUUUUUUUUAUUUUGUAUAUCACCACUUUUUUGUACUUGUACAGUUAGUUUUUUUUUCCAACAAAGAAAGCUGUUCAUUUUUAUACGAAGCACUUUAACCGACAUAUUGUUUAUAUUUCUAGAUACAGUAAUGGAUGUAGGGCGAGGCCUUUCCCCAGCCAUUUAUCAUGAAUAUUUCACAUUUGUCUUAUUUGUAUCGUUCUUUUUGAAUAAAACGAGGUCCUUUUUUGUAAUGUCUAUCAACCUUCUACUUUUUCAGUUUUGCCCUUAUCUUUUUUUCCCUCUUUCUAUUUCUGUUUUUAUGGUUUUUCUUGUGACUGUAAUCUAAAUUUGGGAUAUACAUUGACAGUUUGAUAGAAUUAAGCACAAAUUUUUGCCACAGCUUGCCCAUCUCGCCAUUUCAAAAAAUGUCUGCCAUCUGAUGUCUCUUUUGUAACCUGUCCAUGUGUCAGUGAUGAAAAGAUGUCAACUGGUAAUGGCAUCAAAAGUUUAGAUUGUCCUGUCAUUCAUUUCCUGGACAAACUUGAUCUUAGAUCCUUCUAUUGAAAGUGACCACCACCAAGGCUGGGAAUCUUUCUCCUCCGUUUUUGGGAGAGCAGGCAAUGCAUGAAUGCACAAAUGUUUGUGGUCGUGGAUCAAAGGAGCUGUUUUUGGACUGCUAAGUACCCCGAGCUGUCUGUAUUUGGCUCCAGUGUUGAUUGACAGGCUUCAUAACUGCUCCAUCCUUUUCCCCCUUACUAUCACUUAUUUCCUCCUGGACAAUUACUUGGUGGAGGGGGAAAUGAGGACAGCUUGAGCACUUCUGCGUUACAGCUGAGAUGUUUGAUGAUAACCUCCUUCCAGUAAAUACCCUUUUAAAAUGAGCCCUUUAGCCAUGACGUAUUGUAUAUAAUUUGUGAUUGCUUCCAAACAAUUGAUUAUUGGAGGCACUGUGUAUGAUUAAUGGUCAAAUCAGCAAAGAAAUAUUGCUUUCCGGGGUAUAUUCAAAGUUAAUAUGCAAUUUACCUUGUUGUGGAUUCACCCGACCAUCUCGUGUUGUUUAUUUGUACUACGUUUAUUGGCACUGUUUGCCGUGAUUUUUUUUAAAAUGUUAAAGCAAUAGCUACACCAAGGAAAGGGGCAAAGGCUAAACCCAAAAACCACAAGAACAUACGUGAAAUGAGUUGUGAUUGUGUAUGUUGUUUAGUACGAAGCCUAGGAGGAAUAUCCUCUUUUAGGUAAACUGUUGUAAUUGGGUUAUUGUAAGAAAAUGUAGUCUGCUUAAAUACAAAGCCCCACUUAAUAGGCAAAAUAUUCCACCUGUGCUGUAAUCUCAGAUGAGGUGAUAGGAGAAUCACCUUACAUAUGAGGUUAACAUUGAGUUUACGGCCAUCAUUGUAUCAAGCCUGGACCCAAGAAUGAACUUGUUGCCCUCUGGGUGACUUCAUCCUCAGUAUGCGUAAAACAUGUGCAUCUCGAAAUUUGAGCAAAAAAAUUUUUGAUUUAUAAUUUGCUGUGUGAAAUUCCUCACACAAAUUAAAAUAUAAAGGCAAAAAUAAUAGGCAAAUUAUGAGAGCAACUAUUUAAAUAACUUUAGGAGUUUAACUCUGAGGUACAUGAGUUUGUGUCCUUUGUGCGCCUCACCAACAUAACCAGCAGGGGGCGCUGCCGGGAGGGUUUAUAUCAAAACCAAACUGUAAACGUAAACAUCCCAUAGCCCUGGGGCGUCAGAGCAAUUCUUUAAACCACUGAAAAUGACUAAUUAUAGGCCAGAAGUUUCAGCUGCAAAGAUUGAAAACUUGUAAUUUUAGUAUAAAAUCUUCUUGUAGCCUCUUCUAUAUUCAAUUAAUCCCCCCCCCCAAUCGUGAAUGACAUGUUUCUCCUGCCAACAAUAAACCACCGUGUAUUGCUACAUGCAUUUUGGUUGUGAA